CAUUCGGCACCCUCGAACAAGCAAGUUACCAAAUAAAUACUCUGUUGGGAAGCCUAGUUGGUUGGAAAGUCUUAUUGAAAGGGGCUACCCAUUUUAUUCUGACGUCCAUCACAUGCGUGUUACCACUUCAAGAUAUCCGUUUGGAGUAUCCUUAUCAUCCCACUUAAAAUCAUGCUCCAUCAUCAUAUUCAAAACUACCAAAAUCAUUUUAUUGUUUUAUUUUUACCUAUUCCGUCGCCUCAUAAUUUGGUUUCCAACUUUGGAUGAUAAAAAAUUAAUCCAUUAGAACCAGGGAAAAAAGAUAAGAGAAUCACCUGACAUCAUUGUUGCUGGAUAAAAUAUUUUUUCAUUUAUAGAAUCAGUACAUUAUUGGAAAGUGACAAGGGUAGCAAUUCGAUCGAGAACGGAUAUGACAGUGACGCAUGCCAUUCUGUGUGCUGCUGUUGGUGUAAAGGUUCUUCGUAUUUGAGGAGGGAUUGGGAAAGGGGUUUUGAUUAAAUACAUAUCAAUCAAUUCGAUUCUCUCUGUUCAUCAUGUAUAGAUUACGAGCUUGCAGAGAAAUGAGAGUCAUAGCUCGCCAAACGGCUUUAAAUUGGCUCAGCUCAUUCAAUCCGUCAAGAUCCAUCCAUUCGCUAUCUCUUGCCAGUGAGGUUGAGGAAAUAUCAGGUUUGCAACCUGCUGAAGUACGCAACUUGGUGCAAGGCAAAUGGAUAGGAACUUCUUCUUGUAAUACAAUUGUGGAUCCUCUAAAUGGGGAACCAUUCAUUAAAGUUGCCGAAGUUGAUGACACAGGAAUACAGCCGUUUGUAGAGAGCUUGUCCAUGUGUCCCAAACAUGGUCUACACAAUCCAUUUAAAGCACCAGAAAGAUAUCUUUUGUUUGGAGACAUAUCUGCAAAGGCAGCCCAUAUGCUUUCCCAGCCUGAGGUCUCUGAUUUCUUCACUAGGUUAAUACAAAGGGUGGCUCCAAAAAGUUACCAACAGGCUCAUGGUGAAGUAUAUGUUACUCAAAAAUUUCUGGAGAAUUUCUCUGGUGAUCAGGUACGUUUUUUGGCAAGGUCUUUUGCAGUACCUGGGAAUCAUCUUGGGCAGCAAAGUAAUGGUUUUCGCUGGCCUUAUGGUCCUGUAGCAAUUAUAACCCCUUUCAAUUUUCCACUAGAGAUUCCUGUGCUUCAGUUGAUGGGUGCACUUUAUAUGGGCAAUAAACCUAUUCUUAAAGUUGAUAGCAAGGUAUGUAUUGUUAUGGAACAAAUGCUCCGACUGCUCCAUGAUUGUGGGUUGCCAAUGGAGGAUGUUGACUUCAUCAAUUGUGAUGGGAAGACAAUGAAUAAGCUAUUAUUGGAGGCAAAUCCACGAAUGACUCUCUUUACCGGCAGUUCGAGGGUGGCAGAUAAGUUGGCUGUUGAUUUGAAGGGUCGAAUCAAAUUGGAAGAUGCAGGAUUCGACUGGAAGAUCCUGGGGCCUGAUGUACAGGAGGUGAAUUAUGUUGCAUGGGUUUGUGAUCAAGAUGCAUACGCAUGUAGUGGCCAAAAGUGUUCAGCUCAAUCAAUGCUAUUCAUGCAUGAGAAUUGGUCUGCAAGUUCACUUAUACGUCAAAUGAAUGAUCUUGCUGCAAGAAGGAAGCUAGAUGAUUUAACUAUUGGCCCUGUCCUUACGUUUACAACUGAAGCAAUGUUAGAGCAUGUGAAUAAUUUGCUUCAGAUAUCAGGAUCAAAACUACUCUUUGGUGGUGAAGCUUUAGAAAACCACUCUAUUCCUCCGGUAUAUGGUGCUAUAAAACCAACUGCCAUUUUUGUUCCACUUGAAGAAAUAUUAAAGGACAACAAUUACGAGCUUGUAACAAGGGAAAUUUUCGGACCAUUCCAGGUUGUUACUGAGUACAAAGAUGAUCAGCUCCCAAUGGUGUUAGAUGCCCUUGAAAGGAUGCAUGCGCAUUUGACAGCUGCUGUGGUUUCCAAUGAUCAAUUAUUUCUGCAGAAAGUUCUCGGGCAGACGGUUAAUGGAACUACUUAUGCUGGAUUGAGAGCGAGAACUACCGGAGCUCCACAAAAUCACUGGUUUGGGCCAUCUGGAGAUCCUAGAGGAGCAGGAAUAGGAACCCCAGAAGCAAUAAAGCUUGUUUGGUCUUGCCAUAGAGAAAUCAUAUAUGACAUUGGUCCCAUGCCAAAACUCUGGAAUACUCCACCUCCUUCCUAAAUCGUCACGUAAACGAUGAAGACAAAAGAGAACAUAUGGACUUAAAACCUGCAAAGGGGUCAUGUGGCUAAUAAUUAAUGUCAAAUGACAAUAUUGAUGGAAAUUAGUUCUUGUUAAAAUAAAUGGCAACUUUCAUUUACAGUUAAUUGCUAUUUCAAUGUUUGGUUAGUUUUUUAA